UGAAGCCAGGCCCAAAUGUGAACAAAAUUCCAAAAUAUCUUUCCUUUCACCAACUCUCACAUCUUUCCAAAGGACUCAAUCUCAGGUGUCCUGACUCCAGAUCUAUUGUACUUGAACUGCUGUACCUUUCUGAUGAAGGUUCCUACCAUGGAGUUAGAGUCAGUUAAUGAUUCUAAUUGUGACAGAAAAGCUGAAGUACAAGCAUUUGAAGAUUCAAAAUCUGGUGUAAAAGGUCUGCUAGAUUCUGGGGUGACAAAGAUUCCCAGCAUGUUCUAUGUCAAGUUAGACCCUUCAGACAACACCAAACAAAGUGACUCAAAUUUCAGCAUCCCAGCCAUAGAUCUUCAAGACAUAGACAAGAGUUCAUCGCUUCGCGGCAAAGUAGUUGACCAGAUUAGAAGUGCAUCUCAGAAGUGGGGAUUCUUCCAAGUGAUCAACCAUGGUGUUCCUGAAGAUGUUAUGGAUGAGAUGAUCAAUGGAAUCUGUAGGUUUCAUGAACAAGAAGCUGAAUUAAAGAAACCGUUUUACUCAAGGGAGAACAGCAAGAAAGUCAGGUACUUCUCCAAUGGCAAGUUGUUCAGAGACUAUGCUGCUACUUGGAGGGAUACUAUUUCAUUUGUUGCAAAUCCUGAUAUUUCCAAUCCAGAACAAUUACCAGAAGUGUGUAGAGAUAUUGUGUGUGAAUAUACAAAACAAGUAAGGGCAUUGGGUAUUAUAAUCCUUGAGCUUCUGUCAGAGGCUCUUGGCCUUGAUUCUUCUUACCUUACUAAAGAGAUGGAUUGUGCUGAGGCACUUUAUAUUAUGGGUCAGUACUAUCCACAAUGCCCUGAACCUGAGUUAACUAUGGGGCUCACAAAGCACACUGAUUGUGACUUCAUAACUAUACUUCUGCAAGACCAAAUUGGUGGUCUUCAAGUUCUUCAUCAGAAUCAAUGGGUGGAUGUUCCUCCAAUACAAGGUGCUCUUGUUGUAAACAUUGGAGAUAUUCUACAGCUUAUGAGCAAUGACAAGUUUAUCAGUGUUUAUCACCGGGUUUUGUCCAAGACAAUAGGCCCUAGAAUUUCAGUAUCAAGCUUCUUCAUGAACUUCACCAUAUCUGAGUGUACAUCAAAAGUUUAUGGUCCAAUCAAGGAAUUGUUAUCAGAUGAAAACCCUCCGCGAUACAGGGACAUUACAAUGAAAGAAAUCUUGACAAAUUAUUAUGCAAAAUGCCUUGAUGGCAACUCUUACUUGAUCCCUUUAAGAGAUAUUGUGUUUGAAUAUGCAAAACAAGUAAGGGCAUUGGGUAUUAUAAUCUUUGAGCUGUUGUCAGAGGCUCUUGGCCUUAACUCUUCUUACCUUAAAGACAUGGAUGCUGCUGAGGCACUUCAUAUUAUGGGUAAUUACUACCCACACUGCCCUGAACCUGACUUAACCUUGGGACUUACAAAGCACACUGAUUUUGAUUUCAUGACAAUACUUCUGCAAGACCAAAUUGGUGGUCUUCAAGUUCUUCAUCAGAAUCAAUGGGUUGAUGUUCCUCCAAUGCAAGGUGCUCUUGUUGUGAACAUUGGAGAUAUUCUACAGCUUAUGAGCAAUGACAAGUUUGUCAGUGUUUAUCACCGGGUUAAGGCCAAGACAGUAGGUCCUAGAAUUUCAGUAACAACCUUCUUCAUGGACCUUACCACAUCUGAGUGUACAUCGCAGGUUUAUGGUCCAAUAAAGGAACUGUUAUCAGAUGAAAACCCUCCACUAUACAGAGAUGUUACUAGGAAAGAAAUCAUGGAAAAUUAUUAUGCAAAAGGCCUUGAUGGAAACUCUUACUUGAUCCCUUUAAGGUUAUGAACCAAAUAGUUGUAAUUGUUUAAUACUGCCUAUGAAUGUUGUUGUUUUAAAUAAGCAGCAUCAGUUUCUUGAUGCACAAGGUAAAGCCAAAUGUAAUGGCUAUACCAUAGAAAACCAUAAUAGUUUUCUGUAUCAUGACAGUACUAAGUGUUGUGGGUGUAACAUAUUAAUUAAUCUCUUAUGCAGUUCUGCUA